CGGCUGCGCGUGCUGCCGUACCUGGCUGCGGUAUAUAAAGGCGGUCAACGGUCAGAAAGAGCAACGGUUAAACCGCCAGCAACGUUAACGUUUUGUCGUUCGUCCCUCCGCUAAAUCUUCCACUUCUCUCCACCACUGGCAUCUCUGCCCCCCUCACUAGCCGGGGGAGAGAGGGGGUCCGGCACGGGGCGAGACAGACAGGAGGACCGACCAGCAUGGACCCCCAAGCGAAGGACCGCACCAGCCCGGCGGCGGGGGGCUUCAGCGGGCGCCUGGCCUCCCUGGGAGCCGACGGGGGCGACUCGGAGUCCGGAGCCGGCUCGGAGGAAGCUGCCGUGGGCUGCUGCAGCGACACAUUCAGCAGCCUGCCCGACAUGGAGCAGGAGACUCUGGAGGAGAAAUUAAGAGGACUGGCGUUCAGAAAACAGACCUCGUAUCGGAAGGCGAUCUCCCGUUCAGGCCUCCAGCAUCUCGGUCCACCCCAGCCCUCCCUGCCUCCUGCAUCCAACGGCCCCAACAAGGAUCUGCGCACCUGCGUGGACUGGACGGAGAACGCCGUGAACGGGGAUCACCUGUGGAUGGAGACGAGUUGCUCAGGAGAGCUCUGUUAUCUCGGAGAGGACACCUGCCUACUAAAGACUGCAAAGUCGGCCCCCAGGAGGAAAUGUGCAGCCUGUAAGAUCGUUGUUCACACUGGCUGCAUAGAGCAGCUAGAGAAGAUUAACUUCCGAUGUAAGCCAACCUUCAGAGAGGGAGGAUCUCGAUGCCUCAGAGAUCAGAACAUACUGAGACAUCACUGGGUUCACAGACGGAGACAGGAAGGCAAAUGUAGACAAUGUGGAAAGAGCUUUCAACAGAAGUUCUUCCACAGUAAAGAAAUCAUCGCCAUCAGUUGUUCUUGGUGCAAACAGGCAUUCCACAACAAGGUGACGUGUUUCAUGCUGCACCAGAUUGAGGAGCCAUGUUCACUGGGGGCCCACGCUGGAGUCAUAGUACCACCCUCCUGGAUCAUCAAAGUUAGGAAACCACAGAGCUCACUUAAGAACUCUGCUAGGAGAAAAAAGCGGACAUCUUUCAAACGAAGGACAAGCAAGAAGGGACUGGAUGAGUCUAAAUGGCGUCCGUUCAUGUUGAAGCCUCUUCCUUCUCCUCUCAUGAAGCCCAUCUUGGUUUUUGUCAAUCCUAAGAGUGGGGGCAACCAGGGUGCCAAGGUGUUGCAGAUGUUCAUGUGGAUCUUGAACCCACGGCAAGUCUUUGACCUGUCACAGGGCGGCCUGCGAGAGGCGUUGGAGUUGUAUCGGAAAGUGCCAAAUCUGAGGAUCCUAGCCUGUGGAGGGGACGGGACUGUGGGGUGGAUCUUGUCUGCUCUAGAUGAGCUGCAGAUGAACCCCCAGCCUCCGGUCGCUGUUCUUCCUCUGGGAACAGGAAAUGACCUCGCCAGGACGCUCAACUGGGGUGGGGGUUACACAGAUGAGCCAGUGUCCAAGGUUUUGUGUCAUGUGGAGGACGGCUCAGUGGUGCAGCUGGACCGGUGGAACCUGCUAGUAGAGAAAAGUUCUACCCAGCCAGAGGAGGGCACACAGAAGCUUCCUCUGAAUGUGUUCAACAACUACUUCAGCCUCGGCUUCGAUGCUCACGUCACCCUUGAGUUCCACGAGUCCAGAGAGGCCAACCCAGAAAAAUUUAACAGUCGCUUCCGAAACAAGAUGUUCUAUGCAGGAGCUGCGUUCUCAGAUUUCCUCCAGAGAAGCUCCAGGGAUCUGUCCAAGCACGUCAGAGUGGUGUGUGACGGUACGGAUCUAACGCCCAAGAUCCAGGAGCUGAAAUUCCAGUGCAUUGUGUUUCUAAACAUUCCCAGGUACUGUGCUGGCACCAUGCCAUGGGGAAACACAGGCGACCACCGGGACUUUGAACCCCAGCGCCAUGACGACGGCUGCAUCGAGGUUAUCGGCUUCACCAUGGCCUCACUGGCUGCGCUACAGGUCGGCGGUCAUGGAGAGAGGCUUCACCAGUGCAGAGAGGUUGUAUUAACUACCUUCAAGACUGUACCUGUUCAGGUGGACGGUGAGCCAUGUCGACUGGCUCCAUCCACUCUACGCAUCUCCCUUCGAAAUCAGGCCAACAUGGUCCAGAAGAGCAAGAGACGCACCUCCGUGCCCCUGCUCAACGAUCCUCACGCAGUUCCAGACCGUCUGCGUCUACGCGUGAAUCGGAUCAGCCUGCAGGAAUACGACAGACUGCAGUACGACAAGGAACGACUUCGUGAUAUCUCCAUCCCGGUAGGCAUUGUGGUGGUAAGGGGGGACUGUGACCUGGAGACAUGCAGACUCUAUAUUGACAGAUUACAAGAGGAUUUACACACGGCGCCAUCUACUGGCCACAGAGUGCACUAUCAGGACGAGAGCAGAGGUGUCCCCAGGACUAGUUCAGCCAGUAGACUCUCGCCCAACUGGAGCUUUUUGGAUUCCACAUCAGCUGACCGCUUUUAUCGUAUUGACAAGGCUCAGGAGCAUCUCCACUUUGUGACAGAGAUUUGUCAGGACGAGGUCUUUAUCCUGGACCACGAGGGCCCGGUGGGGAGCCAGGGGUCGUCCACGGGGAUGCCUGAUCUGGUGGUGGAACCUACUGCUGGCGUUCCACUGACGCCUGAGGAACAAGCUUUGCUGACAGCAGCCGGUUCUGGGGAUCUUUCUAUGCUCUCUGAGUGUGUGCGUCGAGGCGUCAGCUUGUUGGUCAGAGACUCUGGAGGUUGUUCAGUGUUACAUAUAGCUGCCCAGAACGGACACACAGACCUGGUCAGCUACAUUCUGCAACAGGGCUCCAAAGUGCUCCUGGAUUUGACAGACAGAGAGAAAGGGGACACUGCAUUGCACAAAGCAGCCUCUGAGAAGCAGCACGCAGUGUGUCGAUUACUGGUUGAGGCUGGAGCGUCUCUUGAGAAGACCAACUUUCAGGGGAAGACACCAGCGGACCAAGCAGAGGGAGACGCAGAGCUCGCCACCUACCUGAGCACCCAACAAACCACAUCUUCUGCCACCCACGAAGACUUGGAGACCGCAGUCUGAGGCGCACACACACACUCACACACACUCACUGUGUCUCUCUGGACUCUGCACACACUCAUAGUGGAGAAGAAUCCGUGAGGAAAAUGGUGUUUAAAAAAUAAACAGUCUGGUUUUGACUCUGGUGUCUCUACAGACGAAGAGAUAAAUCAGACAAACCGGGGGAGUGAUGAACUGCUUCAGCUCACAGCAGCACCGCAGUGGAGAUUUUAAUGCUCAACUAUUUAUUUGUAUUUAUUCAUAUUCUAUUUAUUGGUUGUGCUGAUCGAUUGACUGAGUGAUUGAUUGUAGGACUAUUUACGGCUCAGGAUGCAAGUGCACUUUGAGCAGCCGUCACGGUUCGUGAGCUCAGCUGUUGUUCGGGAGAGCUGAACUCAUGAAAAGAUGUUUCUCAUCUUGUAAGGGAUUUACGUUGGUCACAGAUCAUAUUUAAAGAAACCGGGGUCCUGGGUUUAUUCAGUGAGACUUAAACAGCGGUCUGAAGUGUGUCGACAAAGCAUUUACAAGCAGGAUUUCUGUUGAAAAUAGUCAAAAUUAAACUAAAAUAGGAAAGGUUUAUGUGUUUACCCCGUAAAACCUGUGUGCCAAAGACACUGCACUGAUGUAGUGUCACAGGAGUCCACAGUUUCACUAAUGUUCCCUCCAUCUUUCACACUGUUGUUGGGUUUUUUUUGUCAUGAUUCUCUGACUUGAAUGUUUUAAGUUGUGAGCCUGUGUCCUUAACACCAGAUUAUGCAACGAUAAGGUUUUUAUCUCUCACCAUCGGUGGUGAGCUGUGGUAUCAUUACCAAGUACAAGUGAAAUUUAUUUCUCCAGCUGCUUUCAAAACUGCAGGUUCACCUGAGGGUGAAACACCACAAACAAAACAAAUACAGGAAAUGGUUUUAGGGUUGUAGUACUUUCCGGUUGCCCAGUAACUGUCGGGGGGGACUGUUUGUUUUCCAGUUAUACUGGUGGGUUUUCUCUCCCUUUCUACUGCUGUGUCUCUUUUCCAGUUUUUUUGCAUCACAAGACUAAAACUCUGUUGAAAUCUGAAGGCACUGCAUCAAACCAGUGACUGGACCAGACCUGUUUUCUGAGAGAGGAGCAGUAUCAGCCCACCAAGGAUAAAAUCCAACAUAUUGUUCAACCAUAAGUCCUGCUGCAGGUGUUAGUGAAUAUUUAUCAAGUGCAGCCAGUUGAUUUUGGAGGAUAGACCAGAGUAUGUUUUAAAAACAGGGUAUUUAAAACAUAACCACUAACCUGUUGAUUUCAGACAAAAGCUUCUCCAGCAGCCGUCACACAAACAAAUAUUUUAACUUUAACACAGUGGGAUUGUGUGUAUCUGGUACUCCUGACCCAACAAGGCUUUUCACACUCAGCUUGUGUGUGUGUGUGUGUGUGUUUGAUGAUAAGUCCCAUUCCAUAUCAAAUCUAAAAAGAGAGAAAGAGAUGUGAGUACAGCUGCAACAAAAAGAAGCAUCACUCUGCUCUCUGUGCAGCAUGUAUGUAACUACAGACUGUGUUGUGUUACGAUUGUGUGUGUGUGUGUGUGUGUGUGCGUUUCAUGUGUAUCUCGAGUACACAUGCCCGAGUGUGUCUGUGUGAGAGUGUGUGUGUGUUUGCAGCAUUUAUCCAAGAAGAAAAGAAAAAUCUGAGCCAUAUUCAAUGCAAUAUGAAUAGAUGACGUCUUUUUGCAUUUCUCUAUUAAUCGUUUACAUUACAUUAAUGUUUUUAACAUAGUCGUCCAUUUAGCACCGAGGACUAUUGAAUGUGCAAUUUUACUUCAGUGCUGGUUGGGUAUAUGAUUGUCUUGUUAUUUUAUUUUAUUUUUUCUUUUGUGUGCAUGUAUGUCAAUGGAUUGAACUUUUAACCAACCCUGUGAGGUCUCUUUAGAUAUAACCUGUUGUAAACUCAAUUGAUAUUUACAGUAGGAACUGUUUUCCCAAGUAUCUGUGGGGACGUUGAACAUUUUAAAGAUGAACGUGGAGCCAUUGUAGAAGUCUGGUUUUUAAACUGCAGAACAUGAUGUCUUUUUUCUUUACCAUUAAAACAUCUGCUCCACAAGUGUGAAGCAUUAGUGUUAAUCUGACACUGUCUGAUAAUGACAUGUUUUUGUAUGUGAUUUUAUCUAAGCCGUUAAACUGGUUCAGUCAAAAAGACAAAAAGGUCGCCCAGCUAUUAGUCCUCUACAAACAGACAUGUAUGUAUAUGUAUAUUCUGUUAUUUUUUUUUUAUACAUAAUCCAGACGCAGGACUUCUACAAUGGCUGCCACUGUCAGCAUCCAACACUGAGACCUUCCUCUGAGUGUGUGGAGGUGCUUAAAUAGACAGGAAUGAGUGUAAAUGAAAUCCUUAAACUGAACUACCUGUGAAUGGUAUUGUCUAUGAAGUGACUGUGCUAUUAAGCUGGGCCCGUUCUGAACGACAUACACACGCUUCUUAUCACUUUCUAUUCAGUAGAAACAUGACUUUGUAUUAAAUAGUGUCUCUCAUCAGCGUUGGUUAUGCAUGGCAUUUUCUUACAUCCCUGGGAUUAUUUUCUGGUAAUGGUAUAAAAAAUGGCAUUAUUGUUGUUUAAACUAUUAAAUUAUUAUAGUUUUAAAUGAUUUAAACCUGAGUUUCUUCUUAGGUUGGGAUAUGUGUUGGGUGUUUUUUUCUUUUCCUUUUGUAUUUCUUUUAUUUUUCUGCUGAUGUUGAUGGGAUUACUUGAAGUUUGUUGUUUUAUUUUCUUAAUUUGUUAAAAGAAGAUGUGACCCUGUACCAUUUCUUUGGCUCUGGUGUUAUUUCUUUUUUGAAGGACUAUUGAGGAAAAUCCCCUGAGUCACAUCGCACUGUGAGGAAAUUCAUUAGAAAAGUCAGCACAGCCACAGCAGAGACAGCAGGGUGUGUCAGAAAGUGGCACCGUGGUGAUGCCUCACAGUUUUUAGCAAGUCAAGUUGUAAACAGUGAAAACUGCAUAAAAUAUACAGUCGCCCAUAAAGUAGGAAUAAAA